AUGGAAUUAUCGAUAGUCCUGCCUACCCAUAAUGAACGAGAUAACGCUCCUUUGUUGAUGUAUGCCUUGAAAGUGGCCUUAAAAGGGAUUAAGUACGAGAUUGUCUUAGUGGAUGAUGGGAGCUCUGAUGGCACGGCCGCUGCUUGCCAAGCCCUAGCACAGAUAGUUGAUAUUCCAUUAGUAGUGCUUGAGCGGCCGGACAAGCUUGGACUUGGCAACGCUUAUAAGCGCGGUGUAGAUGAGGCCAAAGGCGCAUACAUUGCUAUCAUGGAUGCGGAUUUAAGCCACGACCCUCGAGAUUUGCCUAAGCUCUUAUCAGAAAUCAAACGAACCAAAGCCACUGUUUGCAUUGGCUCGCGAUACUGCCCGGCCGGUGGAGUAGCUAAUUGGCCCUUAUUGCGCCGAAUUACCAGUCGAGGUGCUAAUAUUCUAGCCCGCAUCUUUACCGGCCUUUCCUGUUCAGACAUGACCAAUAGCUAUCGGGUUUAUCGCCGUGACUUUCUCUACCACAGCAUUCGCCAAGUAGGCGCAGCCGGCUUUGCCUACCAAAUGGAAAUUCUCUACCGCAUCAAGGGCCGGCUGGUUGAACUUCCCGUGCAGUUUCACGACCGAGCAGCCGGCCACUCCAAGCUAGCUGCCCGAGAGUACAUCCAUUUCCUGGUUCGCGGUACUUCAAUUCUACUUGGCCGCUUUUCCCAAAGAUUGGUAGAUUGGCUAUACGAUGUCCGAUUAGGCUAA